AUGUCCGCCGAGAACACCGAGAUCCCUGCUGGCGGCGGCUCCUUGGCCGACCGUAUUAGCAAGCCUGACGAUGCGAAGCCCGCCGAUACCUCUCUCACUGGCAAGGAAGAUGGUGCCUCCGGUCUGGCGCAAGGCUCUGCGGAACUGGAGGAGCCUGAUUACAAUGUUGAGGUGAAGCUGAGCGAUUUGCAGGCGGAUCCCAACAACCCUCUGUUCUCAAUUAAGACCUUCGAAGACCUCGGCCUGGACGAGCGCAUUCUCAAGGGCCUCUCCACCAUGAACUUCCGAAAGCCCUCCAAGGUCCAGGAGCGCGCCCUUCCCCUCUUAAUGAGCAACCCGCCAAAGAACCUGGUUGGCCAGUCGCAGUCCGGAACUGGAAAGACAGCUGCCUUCGUCCUGAACGUCCUCAGUCGUCUCGAUCUAUCAGAUGAAAUGCGCACCCAGCCGCAAGCUCUGAUCCUUGCCCCCACCCGUGAACUGGCCCGCCAGAUUGUCGGAGUCAUUCAGAUUAUGGGACAGUUCCUUGACGGUCUUACCAUUGGAACAGCUGUUCCUGCUGAUGCGAGCGCUCGCCCUUCGAAGAUGGAAGCCGCGGUUGUGGUGGGCACCCCCGGUACUGUUCAGGAUAUGAUCAAGAAGCGCGUGAUGAACCCUAGCGCAUUGAAGGUCCUUGUGUUGGAUGAGGCCGACAACAUGCUCGACCAGCAGGGUCUUGGAGACCAGUGCAUCCGCGCCAAGGCCAUUAUCCCCCGCACCGUUCAAAUUGUCCUCUUCUCUGCCACUUUCCCUGCCCAUGUCUACCGCUACGCCGGCAAAUUCGCCCCCAAUGCCAACGAAAUUACUCUGCAACAUGAGGAGUUGACCGUUGAGGGUAUCAAACAGCUCUACAUGGACUGUGGCAGUGACGAGGAGAAGUACCAGAACCUCGUUCAGCUCUACGGAUUGCUCACUGUCGGAUCUUCUAUUAUCUUUGUCCGGACACGUCAUUCCGCCGCUGAAAUCGAGCGUCGCAUGGUUGCCGAGGGCCACACGGUUGCCUCGUUGACCGGUGGUGUCGAAGGAAGCCAUCGCGAUGCAGUCAUUGAUUCUUUCCGCAGCGGUGAGGCCAAGGUUCUCAUCACGACCAACGUCCUUGCCCGUGGAAUCGAUGUCUCCACCGUGUCCUUGGUGGUCAACUAUGAUAUCCCCGAGGAAUACACCGCUGGCCAGCGCACACACACUCCCGACUUCCAGACUUAUCUCCACCGUAUUGGUCGUACUGGUCGUUUCGGCCGUAUUGGAGUUGCUAUCUCGUUCGUUUCCAACCGUGACGAAUGGGAGAUGCUGCGCAAGAUUCAGGAGCACUUCCAGUGCACCAUUGAUCGCAUCGACACCAGCGACUGGGAUGAAGUGGAGGAAAUUAUCAAGAAAACGAUCAAGAACACUCGCGCCCAGGCCGGAUUCAACCAGGGAGCUUAG